AGCACGGCAUGGGCGACCAUCAUAAGCCUUUGGUCUUGAACUCGACAUACAAGCAACGCCUUCCAUAUUUUAUGUUAGAGGGGCCCUCGAUUCUACAAAUAACGUGCGCAUCCUGCUAUUUAUCUCUUAUCGCUUUUUUCCAUCCAUCCGAAGGCACUUUAAGUGUCAGUGAGAUCAGGAUGCUCUACCAAUGACAGCCGACAGUGGAUCACGUGUGUAUUACGGGGCAGUUGAGCAUCUGCAAAAGGCUGAGGUUGAGAAAACCACCGCGGACUCUGAGUCAGCCUGGAAACGCCACAUUUGGAUCGUGUCUCUCCUACACACGGAGAUAUGGAUGUCGGCUCUGCUUGGUGUAAUGCAGACGUUCUUUCCCAUGCUUCUUCAAUGGACGUCUCCACAGACGUGCUAUCUAAUUGGACAGUCAGGAGCCUUCAUUUUUUCCGUUUCAGAAGGCUCUCUAUACUGGUCGUCCGGAAGUCAGUCGCUGUUCUUGCUCUCGCUUGCGACGGUCCUUCUGGGAGGCUUCGCCAUCGGACUGUACUUCGUCAGCCUCUUCUCGGUAGUAACGCACAAGUUUAGCAAAAAUCCUGGACUCAUAAUCGCCACAUUAGAAAUUUCUUGGGGAACAGGCAACAUAAUCGGUUCAGCCCUUGGAGGAAAGAUGAUUGACAUCUGGGCUUACCCACUGCCAUUUUUCCUCAUGUCAGCGAUCCUUAUGCUUUCUUUCCCCUGGAAUACAAAGCUUGCAUCGAAAAUUAACCGCAUGCCACCUCCACUCAACGAAAAGGUAGAAGCUGCGAAACCGAACUACUCGAAUCUAAUGCGCGACCCGCUGUACUUGGCUCACAUGGCUGCGCUCACAACGGUGUGGGUUGUCUCAGCCUUUAAUGAGCCGACAUUGCAGCCGAGCCUCGAAGAGUUUCAAACAAGUGUGACUGUUCGAGGAACCGUGUUUGCAGUUCAAUUCACGAGUUAUGUCUUUGGCUGUGCACUCGCUGCUACUUCCUGCCACUUACAGGUUAUGGCAUUAUAUGCCUUCCUCGGACACCUACUUACCUUGACUGGAUAUUUCAUCAUAGGACCGGUAGUACUAAUACAGCUGGAACGGAACUUAGGACUUGUUUAUGCGUCACAAGUGUUGCUAGGAGUGGGAAUGUCAUCGUUAUUUGUGUGUGCAUACCACCAAGCACUUCAACGAGCCACGGAAUUGGACUACCCGGAUGACAUUACUACCCAUGGAUUUGUGUCAAGCACUGUAUUCACAUUCAUGGUUUCGGGCUCCAUCAUCACAGAUCCCAUAGCUGGGAAGCUAAUGGACGCCUACGGCUACAGGAAGGCCACGACUUUCAUGUUUUUCCUGCUGCUCACGUUGACUCCUGUGACAUUCGGCGUGUGGAUCUCCUCAAUGAAGUCGCGUUAUGAAAGAAGAAAAGUCAGCAAGCAGUGAUGAAAUAUUUGCGUUUUCCAGCUCGUCUUAGAGUAUUAAAUAAAGGAAGAAGACAAGGC